UCUUCGAGGGCCCGGCAUCCAUGAUGGCGGCGCUCGGUGCGGCAGAAGUCAUCACCCAGCUGGAAAGCGCUGCCAAAGUUUUAAUGGCACCGCCUUCCAUGGUGAGCACAGAGCAGCGGCAGCAUGCCGAGCACGUCUUCCUCUCCUUCAGGAAGUCAAAGUCGCCCUUUGCCAUUUGUAAACACAUCUUAGAGAGCAGCAAAGUGGAUUACGUGCUGUUUCAAGCUGCCACGGCCAUCAUGGAGGCGGUGGUGAGAGAAUGGAUCCUCCUGGAGAAGAGCAGCAUCGAGUCCCUCCGAGCCUUCCUGCUCACAUACGUGCUACACAGACCCAACUUGCAGAAGUACGUGCGCGAGCAGAUUCUGCUGGCCGUGGCCGUCAUCGUCAAGCGCGGCACCCUCGACAAAACUGUGAGCUGCAAAAGUAUCUUCCUGGAGGUCGGACAGCUCAUCGGCAGCGGGAACCCCAGCGUGCAAACGUUGGCGUGCUCCAUCCUAACGGCGCUGCUCAGCGAGUUCUCCAGCUCCAGCAAGACCAGCAGCAUCGGGCUGAGCAUGGAGUUCCAUGGAAGCUGCAAGCGCCUCUUUCAGGAGGACGGCCUUCGGCAGAUCUUUGCCAUGACCAUGGAGGUCCUGCAGGAGUUCAGCCGGCGCGAGAACCUCAGCGCGCAGAUGUCGUGCGUCUUCCAACGCUACCUGGCCUUGGCCAAUCAGGUGCUCAGCUGGAACUUCUUGCCGCCCAAUCUGGGGCGCCACUACAUCGCCAUGUUCGAGGCGGCGCAGAACGUCAUGCUCAAGCCCACCGAGACCUGGAGGGAGGCGCUGCUGGACACCAGAGUCAUGGACCUCUUCUUCACGGUCCACAGGAAGAUCCGCGAGGACUCGGACAUGGCCCAGGACUCCCUGCAGUGUCUGGCCCAGCUGGCCUCCAUGCACGGACCCGUCUUCCGGGACGAGAGCUCCCAGAUCUCCUACCUGGCCCACCUGGUGGAGGGCCUGCUCAGCAUGAUCAACGGCAUCGAAAUCGAGGACUCUGAGGCGGUGGGCAUCUCCAACAUCAUUUUCAACCUGAUCACCAUGUUCCCCAGGAGCGUGUUGACGGCGCUGCCCAGCGACCUCUUCACAUCCUUCAUCAACUGCCUCACGCUGCUCACAUGCUCCUUCGGGCGCAGCGCCGCCCUGGAGGAAGUGCUGGACAAGGACGACAUGGUGUACAUGGAGGCCUAUGACAGAUUGCUGGAGUCGUGGCUGACGCUAGUGCAGGACGAGGAGCAUUUCCCUCGCGGCUGCUUCAUCCAGCCCGCCGUGCAGGUCUUCAACGCCUACAUCCAGUGUCACCUGGCCGCGCCCGACGGCACCCGCAACCUGUCGGUGAACGGCGUGUCGUCCCACGAGGAGGAGGAGAUCAACGAGCUCCAAGAAGACGACAGAGAGCUUUUCUCGGAUCAGCUGUCCAGCAUUGGCACGCUGGGCCGGGUGGCUUCGGACCACUGCAUCCCCCUCCUCACCAGCCUCCUGGAGGACCGCGUGACUCGGCUCCACGGUCAGCUCCAAAGGACUCAGCAGCACCUGAUGUCCUCAUCGGACCUGGCGUCAGCGGACCGCAAAGUACUGGACGACCUCUACGAGGACAUCCACUGGCUCAUCCUGGUCUCAGGCUACCUCCUGGCGGACGACCCCCAGGGCGAGACACCGCUGAUCCCCUCCGAGGUAAUGGAGUUCUCGGUCAAGCGCUCGACAGAAGUGGACAUGAACACCACGCUGCAGAUCCUGGGCUCGCCGGGAGAAAGAGCCUCGUCCAUCCCAGGCUUCGAUCGCACCGACCCGGUCAUCAGGCUGCUGUCGGCCGUGCUCAGGACGUCCGAGGUGGAAUCCAGGGCCAGCAGAGCCAGUUUGACGCAGCUGUUGAGUCCUCAGAUGGGCAAAGACAUCGUUUGGUUCCUGAGGCGCUGGGCCAAGACCUACCUGCUCGUGGACGAGAAGCUCUACCAACAGGUCAGCGUCCCCUUCAGCACGGCCUUCGGCUCGGACACGGAGGGCGCUCGGUGGAUCGUGGGCUACCUGCUGGAGAAAGUCAUCACCAACCUGUCGGUGUGGAGCUCAGAGGCCGAGCUGGCCAACGACACGGUGGAACUGUUGGUGACGCUGGUGGAGCGGCGGGAGAGGGCCAACAUGGUGGUGCAGUGCGAGAGCUGGUGGAACCUGGCCAAGCAGUUUGCCGGCCGCAGCCCGCCGCUGCACUUGCUGUCCAGCUCGGUGCAGAGAAGCCUCAUGAAGGCUCUGGUGCUGGGGGGCUUUGCCCAAAUGGACUCGGAGACCAAGCAGCAGUACUGGGCAGAGGUGCUGCACCCGCUCCAGCAGCGCUUCCUCAACCUCAUCAACCAGGAGAACUUUGCCCAGAUCAGCCAGGAGGAGGCGGUCAAGCAGGAGAUUGUGGCCACGCUGGAGGCCCUGUGCGGCAUCGCAGAGGCCACGCAGAUCGACAACGUGGCCUCGCUCUUCUCCUUCCUCAUGGACUUUCUGUCCAGCUGCAUCGGACUCAUGGAGGUGUACAGCAACACGCCGGAGACCAUCAACCUGAUCAUCGAGGUCUUUGUGGAGGUGGCUCACAAGCAGAUCUGCUACCUGGGCGAGAACAAGUCGAUGAAGCUGUACGAGGCGUGCCUGACGCUGCUGCAAGUUUACUCCAAGAACAACCAGAGCAGGAAGCGAAGCGACUCGGCCGCCGAGGAGGACCAGUACCAAGACCUGCUUCUCAUCAUGGAGCUGCUUACCAACCUGCUGUCCAAAGAGUUCAUCGACUUCAGUGACACGGACGACGUGUUCCGUAGCCAAGACCAGGGCACGCCGGCAUCCAGUCGUCCGGUGUCUGCCGCAGACGUGGUUCUGUACGGUGUCAACAUCGUUCUCCCACUCAUGUCACAAGACCUUCUCAAGUUUCCCUCUUUGUGCAACCAGUAUUACAAGCUCAUCACCUUCAUCUGCGAGAUCUUCCCAGAGAAGAUCCCGCAGCUGCCCGAGGAUCUCUUCAAGAGCCUCAUGUUCUCGCUGGAGCUCGGGAUGACCUCUAUGGGUUCCGAGAUCAGUCAGCUGUGUUUGGAAGCUUUGUCGCCAUUGGCCGAGCAGUGCGCCAAAAACCAGGAAAAGGACACGCCGCUUUUCAUGGCCACCCGACACUUCCUCAAGCUGGUCUUUGACAUGUUGGUGCUGCAGAAACACAACACGGAGAUGACGGUGGCGGCCGGAGAAGCGCUUUACACGCUAGUCUGUCUGCACCAGGCAGAGUACUCCGAUUUGGUGGAGUCGCUGCUGUCAUCACAGCGCGACGCAGUCAUCUACGGCCGCCUGGUGGCCGCUUUCAACACGCUGACGGCCAGCAGCACGCCGCCGGCCAUGGAGCGCAAACAGAAGAUGGCCUUCCUCAAAAGCCUCGACGACUUUGUGGCCAACGUGGGCGGCCUGCUUUGCGUCAAGUAGCCGCCAUGGAUGAAUGCGUGCAUGCCAUGCUGAUUCACGCCGGGCCACGCCCGCAAUGAACUAUGGGCACGUGGGAAGGACGCUCACCACAGCGACCCGCUGGACUGCAGUGCAGACAGACAGACAGGCAGGCAGACUGGCAAGCCACACAAAAGCCAGGGAAAGCGCACCCACCCAUACCGAUACAAUGAUAUUGGAAGGUGACAAAGAUUUUUAAUAUUAUUAUUUCCCCCAGGGUGAAGUUUUUGAACUUGUUGAAGGACCAUUAUGUUGAGAGAAUGAAUGGUCAUAUGCACUCAGGCAAGGCAUGUACAUGAACCCCCUCAUAUACACACACAAAUAUAUGUGCAGAGAUGGCUAAUUGACAAAAUGCUUAGGAAAACAAUGAAGACUAUAGGUGAAGGUCAGCAAAAUGGGCAUCUGUCACUGACGGACUGAUAAAUCCUUCCGUCAUUGCCACCCGUUUCAUUGAAUGACAAUGACGGACCAGCAACAUUUUGCCAAUUGCCCACCUUUGCUCAUUUGAAAUCCUAAUUUAAAACCUUAACUCUUGUUUAACACUGACAAACACAACACAAGAACUUGAAUACGCUGUCUAGUUUCCUUUUUUACCUCAAAGCUCAUUAUUUGAGAAUUGCGUUAAUACAGGAUUCUACCACAUACGCUAUUAUAGCGUCUUUGGUGAAUACCGCCACCUACUGUACAAAAGUAGUCAAUGCAGUCUGCCUUCAAGUUUUACCAAGAGAGAGGUUGUGCGUGAUUAUCAGUCCUCAGUACUGUGUGAGUGAGUGAGUGAGUGAGUGAGUGAGUGAGUGAGUGAGUGAGUGAGUGAGUGAGUGAGUGAGUGAGUGAGUGAGUGAGUGAGUGAGAGAGAGAGAGAGAGAGAGAGAGCGUGCGACCAUGCGACCAUGCGCAUGCCGGAGUCUGCCUGCAAGCCUUUUACAUUUGUUGUUCUGUUUGAGGAACAUCAUGACACACCGAAGCUGAAAUGUUUUUAUACCCCAGCAGGUGCAGCAGUGAACCUUUGUGCUUAAAUUCAAAUAAAGAAUAAGGAACAGCUUUGCAAAGAGACGCUUGCCCCCCCCUCACUGUGUGUUGACCACAUUUGAAAGUUUACAUAAAAGUAUUGUAAUAAUAA